AUGCCCUCCCCGCCAGCAUCCCCACCGCGCACACCCACGCCCACCGCUGCCAGACCAGUCGCAGCUGAGCCCGCCUCCCCUCCCAUUCCCCCUGCCAAGUCCUCCACUCCUACGCCCGUCGGCACCGUCCCUGCUUGUGCCACUCCCACUUCCCCUCCGCACUCAACGACCGCUCCCACGACUGAGACUGCUGCUUCCGCGCCCACCAUUGAGGCUCCUGUCCAUGCCAACCCAAAGAUUGCCGAGCUGCAGGCCAUCUUCCCAACCGUGGAUGUGUCGGUCAUCGAACUUGUCUUGGAGACGUGCGGCGGAUCCACAGAUAGAGCCAUCGAGCAGCUUUUGGGCAUGACUGAUCCCAACUUUAAGCCCGAUGAACUUGACGGAUCUAGGCAAGGCCACCAAGUUGACCUGGACGCCGAAUUCGCUCGGUCAUUGCAGAUGCAAGAUGAGGACGAGUUCCGCCACCAACAGCGCCAGUACGAAGCAUCUCACGGCGCUGGUGCCAACAGCAGCCUUCCACCGGGUCAGUUGCCAUACCAGCCCCGUGUCCGUCGGGCACGGCCCCCUGCGCCGCAGGCCGCUUAUCAGCCAGAGUCUGGGGAACGGGAAGCAGCUGUUGGCGGAAGGUGGGAUCGGUACGAGCAGAGGCCUACUGGUGACAAUCCCCCUGGAGCUUUGAUGGUAGAAGAGAAGCUGGAGAGAUUUGCUGAAGUCGGCAAGCAGACAUUCAACUCUUUUCUCUCUCGAGCCAAACAAAAGUAUGCCGAGUUCCAGACCGCUCAAUCUGAACGGCCAAAACACUAUCAGCCUGGUCAAUCCGAAUAUGCCCCGGCCCCCGGCGGUUCGCGUGGUGGCGAGCAAAACAGAUACACCCAGCCCCAAGAGCGUGUUGGCGGACUGUGGGGUGAGAGGUCGAAUUCGCCCAGUAUCAGUGGGAGAUCUGAAAGCUUCUCGUCGGCCAGUACACUGGACCCACAGCCGGUACAACUUGACCGAGGUGGUCAGAUUCCUGUAAGGCAGAGUAGUGGCUCAAAGAGGUGGCAGCCGUCCGACGCUUAUGACGAUCCGCUUCCGCCUUCGAGGGGCAGCACAUCAAGCCCCAACAGAGUCGAGAUUGCUACCCGUAACAGUAUUUCUGGGAGCCCCGACAAGGCUGGCAAAAUUGACCUCGCCAAGCUGGGUAUUCUCCCCAAGAAACGUGUCGACCUGAUGUCAACCUCUCCCUCUAAACCUCUCUCCAGCGGUUCCGGCGCUGCCUCAUCAUCCAAUGCCAAGACCCACGACAAUGACUCGGAUGAUGACCCCAAUCCCGGUCUUCCGAGCGCAAGCUUUACAAACAAGAUUCCACCUACGCCGCCUGCUAGCAACAGUCCGUAUAGGUUGGAAGAUAGCGAUGAUGAGCUAGAGUACACCAAGAACCCUUUCGAUGAAAAGUGA